UUUCAGUUCUAAUUGAACCACAUCGAGAAAACGAACUUCAGUCAGCAUGAAUCAUCAUUAUCAGCUGGUAUACAAAGUGAUAUUUCUAAUCUGGUUAUGUGGAAAUUGUAAGGCUCAGUUGCCAUUUCCUGGUCAAUGUCCAGAGGUUAAAAUAAUGGAUACAUUCGAUUUGAAUGCGUAUUUGGGAAUUUGGUACGAGUAUUCGAAAUAUCCAUUUGUCUUUGAAAUAGGCAAAAAAUGUAUUUAUGCCAACUAUGGAAUUAUUGAUAAUAGCACAGUUUCUGUAGUCAAUGCGGCCAUCAAUCGUUUCACUGGCAACCCGAGCAAUGUUACAGGAACGGCGAAAGUUAUAGCACCAGCUCAAUUGGCUGUCACUUUCUCUGCCAAUCAACAAGCAACUAAACCCAAUUAUCUGGUAUUGGGCACCGAUUACACAUCAUAUGCCGUUGUCUAUAGCUGCAGCAGUGCAACGCCAUUGGCUAAUCUAAGAAUUGUUUGGAUAUUGACACGUCAACCGCAACCCAAACAGGAUGCCAUCGAUGCGGCUUUCAAAAUUUUAGAUGAUAAUAAGCUAUCAAGAUCAUUGCUUAUCGAUACCAUACAAAACGAUAAUUGUCCUCAAUUGGAUGAAAAUGGCACUGCUAUUAAUCUACAAUCGGAUAAUGUCGAUCCAAUAGACGAAUUUGCUACAACUGUUCUGCCCGAUGCCAUAGCCAAGGCAUGAGAAUGGCUAAGACGCUUCUAUGAGCGUCUGUUUGAUACAUUUGUCAAUUUUGUAAGUAAUUAAAUUAAAUAUACAAGAGCAUGUCCAAAAAAUAUAAUGGAGCACAUUUUUGAAACCUCUUAAUUAAUACUUAAUCAAUAAACGAAAUCAUUGUUUUAUUACAAGUAAA